GUUUCAAUCUUCAAACCGCAAUCGUUAAUACCUAUUCUGUUACGAGUUUAAUCUUACGUAAACUGUUAGCGCAAGAGUGAAGAACUUAUGAAGAGUGUCGCACGCGAUGAUUACGAUAAAGUAGUACAUUAAAUAUAUUCAAGAGUGGAGACGUAACAUUGUAUAUUGUAACAUAACAUAUGUUAUUGUGCCGUAUAAAAUCUCUACGUACGUGUAUUUACCUAAAAAAUGGGUUAUAUAAUAGUUGUACGUCAACUCGAGUGGAAGGACAAAAAAGAGUGCACCAUAUUGUUGAGAAAAGCUGUGUGGUCCCUAAUGAAUCCCCGUAUAAAAAGUAUGAUACCUCAUCAACUGCUUUUUCUAUUUGUGCUCAAUAUGAUGAUGUCUUCCUCAGGAUUAUCGUGGAAUACUAUCAUGUAUAUCAUACUCGCUCUCAUUAUACUUAUAUACGUCCUAACGUAUUUAAGUAUCUCUAUAUGGGUGAUAGGUUUCAAGUGGAACGUCUGGAGGAAUUAUUUGUGUAACCCCGAUUGGAAUUGUUGGGUUGCCGAAGCUUACGAGUCUCUUGAAAGUUUUGAGAACGAUUCGUAUCGCAUAACAUCUAUCCAUGAGUAUCAGUGUUACCGUCAUCGUUAUUUGAGGAGUAAGAUCGUAGGAACUAUCGGUUUGCGCGAAUAUGACAGAGAUAUACACGGACGAAAGAUAGCUAAUAUAAAUAUGUUAUAUGUACACGAUCUACACGCGAACAAGGGCAUAGAAGACGAGCUGCUUUAUGUCGCUAAAAUGUCCGCAAUAAAUAAUGGAUUCCAUUUCUUAGAGUUAUAUCUAUCGAUAUAUAGCACAGACAUGAUAGAAACGACUGUCGAACUUGAAUUUAGGUUAAUUGAAUCGUAUAAACUGGAUUUCUUUUUCAUGUUAAUACCAAGGUACUAUUUAUUGUGUAUUCUAAUAUAAGUUUAAUUAUAUUCUUUUAAUCUUUUAAAUGA